AGAACACGCGAAUGAAUGAGAAUUUGACGCAACGAACGUUCGAGUGGAGGCUCGCACUUUCCCGAAGCCAAAUGUUUUGGAGGUUCCGAGUCCUGGUGCUGUUCCAUUCCGCCGCGCUUGUGUUUGACAACGGGGUGGGCCGUUUGGGGGCGCAGGCUUCAGUCUUCCAGGCUCUUCCGGUCCGCAACCGACGCGGUGCUGUUCCAUGUCCGCUAUCCUGUUGGUCGCCUUCUCGGUAUGGUCCGUGGCUGGGUGAUGUGGAUGCGCAGGCUUCAGUCUUCCGCGUCGUUUUGACUCCAGAGUGGCUCCACGGGGACGCGUUCGCGACCUCGACCGCGAACAAUCGAAAAACGGGAAACCGAACGCUAACCGAACGCGAAACCGAAGCAAACGGGCGCGAACACGAGUACAGAGCACGCACAACACAAGGGCAUUUUAAUUGUCAACUUUUAAUUUUUCGACACGACCCGAAAAUGUCCGAAAUGCGUCCCACCAGUCCCUUUCGUUCCACAGCUGUGUGA